AGAUGACGUGGGCUGCUGAGUCCUUCGUGUCGGUGGCGCAAGAUGGCUGACAGCGGAGCAGUGGCGGCGAAGAGAUGCGACUCUGGCUCAGUGUCCUCCGUGAGUAUGGAGACCAUCUCCGCCCUGACGGAGCUGGAGGACCUGGAGAGGGUCUACCAGCAGCUCUGCGUGGAGGAGAAAGAAGUGGAAGCUGAGCUGGACAGACUGGUGGGGCAGGAGGGGACCAUUCACACAAAGAUGCUGGCACUGCAGAGGAUGGGGCCCAACCUACAGUUGAUCGGAGGAGACGCCAGUCAGCUGUCGGGCAUGAUCACAUUUACCUGUAGCCUGGCUGAAAACGUCAGCAGCAAAGUCAGACAGCUAGAUCUGGCAAAGACACGGCUGUAUAACGUCAUCCAGCGUGCUGACGAUAUCCUCGAUCUGAAGUUCUGCACAGACGGUGUGCAGACAGCUCUACGAAAUGAAGAUUAUGAACAGGCUGCUGCCCACAUCCAUCGAUACCUUUCUCUGGACCAGUCAGUUAUUGAGCUCAGCAGGCAGGGAGAAGAAAGUAGUGCUGUGGAUACCAGUUUGAUAAUGCUGCAGGAGGCAGAGCAGAAACUGAAGGUCAUCGUUGCUGAGAAGCUGGAUGCGGCUGUAGCAGCAAUCGACCUCGCACAAGUGGAACGCUUUUUCAAGAUCUUCCCUCUGUUGGGCCUCCACCAGCAGGGCCUCGCCCGCUUCGGCCAGUAUCUCUGCAGUCAGCUUGCCUCCAAAGCUGAGGAGAACCUGGUCUUGGCUACAGGAGGAGACCUGGGUGACAAGAGAGCACCACUGGUAUUUGCAGAAACUCUGACGCUGCUGCUGGAAGGUAUUGCUCGUGUCGUUGAGACUCAUCAGCCUAUUGUAGAGACAUAUUACGGUCCAGGCCAUCUGUACACACUCAUCACUCACCUGCAGCAGGAGUGUGACCGACAGGCCCAGAAAAUAGUCGACAAGUUCAUCCAGCAGAGAGGAUACCACAACAAGUUUCAGAUUGUCCAGAGCAGCAUGAUGAAGAGCGUGCCAGGGGAGAGGAUUGAGCCUAAGGAGCUGGACCCUGUGCUGACAGAAGUAACCCUGAUGAACGCAAGGGCAGAGCUCUACCUGCGCUUUUUGCGUCGUCGCAUGCUGGCUGACUUUGAAGUCGGGGAUGCUCAGAGCGCCACACAGGGUAGUUUUAAAUUCACAUGUGGUGAUGCAUAC